AUGGCCAUCGGCAACAUCUAUGUGAUUUCCGGCGUCGCCGUCGUCGGCGGUGCCCUCUUUGGCUUUGAUAUCUCGUCGAUGUCAGCCAUCUUGAGUACCACCUCCUACAAAUGUUACUUCAACCAAGGUCCCAAAGGUCCCCCGUUCAACAAUGACGAACAGUGUUCUGGUCCGACUUCGCUGCGACAGGGUGGUAUCACCGCUGCUAUGCCCGCUGGUUCCUGGCUGGGUGCCCUGAUUUCUGGUUUCCUCUCGGAUAUUCUUGGUCGUCGGUACGCCAUCAUGAUUGGCUGUAUCAUUUGGCUCAUCGGAUCAGCUAUCUCCUGCGCUUCACAGAACAUGGGUAUGCUCAUUGUUGGUCGUGUCAUCAACGGCUUGUCUGUGGGAAUCGAGUCUGCCCAGGUCCCUGUCUACAUUUCGGAGCUGUCGCCGCCGUCAAAGCGUGGUCGCCUGGUUGGCUCACAACAAUGGGCUAUUACUUGGGGUAUUUUGAUCAUGUAUUACAUCUCCUUUGGCUGCUCGUAUAUCGGUGGUCAAAAGUCCUCAGACUACAACACUGCCACCUUUCGGAUCCCAUGGGGUCUCCAGAUGAUUCCCGCCGUCUUUCUCUUUGUUGGCAUGAUGUUCCUCCCCGAGUCGCCCCGUUGGUUGGCGCGGAAAGAUCGCUGGGAAGAAUGCCACUCGGUUUUGACAUUAGUUCAUGGCAAGGGUGACUCCAACAGCCCUUUCGUGGUCACAGAAAUGCAGGAGAUUCAGGACCUGUGCGAAUUUGAGCGACAAAACAAGGAUGUGACAUAUCUUGAGCUGUUCAAGCCCGCCAUGCUCAACCGUACCAUGAUCGGAAUGUUCACUCAAAUUUGGUCCCAGCUGACUGGAAUGAACGUUAUGAUGUACUAUAUUACCUACGUUUUCCAAAUGGCCGGAUUCUCCGGUGAUGCCAACCUGAUUGCCUCGUCAAUUCAGUACAUCAUCAACGUUGUCAUGACUAUUCCAGCUCUUCUCUGGAUGGACCGUUGGGGUCGUCGCCCAACCUUCUUGAUCGGUUCCGCACUCAUGAUGAUCUGGAUGUACGCCAACGCAGGUAUUAUGGCAUCAUACGGUACACCUGUCCCGCACGACCAAAGAUCAACUCCCGAGGAAUCCAUGAGCUUGAGAGGCGCCCCCGCCAAGGGUCUGAUUGCAUGCACAUACCUCUUCGUCGCCAGCUACGCAGUCUCCUUCGGACCAGCAUCGUGGGCCUAUCCACCCGAGCUGUACCCCCUGCGUGUUCGUGGUAAGGCCGUGUCGCUGUCUACCUCAGCCAACUGGGCCUUCAACACCGCACUGGGUCUUUUUGUUCCCGUUGCCUUUGAGAACAUCAGCUGGAAGACGUACAUCAUCUUUGGUGUCUUCUGCACAGCCAUGCUCAUCCACAUUUUCUUCAUGUUCCCCGAGACUGCCGGAAAGACCCUCGAAGAGACGGAGCACAUCUUCACCGAUCCGAAUGGUAUCCCGUAUAUCGGUACGCCGGCAUGGAGAACCACGAAGCAGACUGCUGCCGUCGCUGCGUUGGAGCGGGGAGAUGUCGAGGCGGUUUUGGAGAGGAAGCAGGUGGCUGCGCAACAUGCUGAGGUUGUUGACCCUGAGAAGUCGGGAUGA